AUUUGUCAUAAGAGGGUUAGUCAAUGGUAAAAUAUGUUCAUUUAAUAUUCUAGAUUAUUGAGAUAGUUUUGAGAUAAAUUUCACACAAGAGUAGGAAAAUAUAAUAAAUUUAUAAAUAUAUAUAUGAUUUCUAAAUUAUAUUUAGUGGUAAUAUCCGGAUGUUUAAGAAUUAUAUAUCUUAUAGAAGUGUCAGGAUCUAUGAAUGAACUAUUGAAGACCACUUCAGCUGUAACAUUGUAUCAAUGAAUAUUGGUAAUUAAUAUACUUUAGAGUUAGAUAAUUCAAUAUUGCGAUACUAGCGCCUUUGUUUUCUAUAUUAUCGACCGAGCAACAAACAGUUGAAAACAUGUCAUGGCUGAUCUUGUGAUUCAUAACAAUGUAUUAAUUUAUAUUACUUAUUCCGAUGAAGUAUAAGAGAUACACAAUCAAGCUUACAAAUGGAACCUGUUUCUAGCUUGAAACGUAGGAGUCGAAGCAUCAAACUUCGUAGCUCAGAUAGAAUUUAUAAAAAAUGGGGACUGAAGUAUCAUGCAGCAGUUAGAAAUGCUGUUUUUAAGUUGCACCCUAUACCAUUUGUGCCCUUAAAAGCACCAGAUUCUUUAAAAUGUAAUAAUGAAGAGUCUGAUUUAGUAUACGUAUGUCAACAAUGCAAAGAUUGCUUUUGGUUUAAAAGCAGCUUCGAAGACCAUAGUCAGCGACACAGUUGGAUAUUAGGAUUUUGGUGUCAGAAAUGUUUCUUAACAGUGUGCACGCAUGUACCUAAUAGUAGUACACCGUGUGAUUUGUGUGUAAAUAUGGAACAUGAUAAGCGGUCAUAUAUGAAAAAGAGAGGUAUUCAUAAACAUCAAAAAAUGGGGACUAUUAGAGUUUUUUAUAAUCAGUGUCAAUUUUUUGCACAUUUGAAAUUGCAUAAUAUAUCUUUAGUCAAUAUAUGUGAUAUUAUGUUAAUGCCAUUUCCAAAUGUGGAGGGUGAUUGGACAUCUAAAAUGGAAUUUGCUUGCGAAGCACUUUUGGAAUAUUGUUUCAUGAUAAGAGUACAUAUCAUGGAUUGGUUAAGAGCCAAUAAAAUUAAUCGCAAUUGGUGGAAGUUAGUUGAAAAUAAUAUCGAUGAUGAUGAUAAUCCUAUUACAAAGAUCAUAAAAACGUAUAAUGGAAGGAAUUUAUUUCAUUUAGAUGUAGCUAAAGUAGAUGCAGAGUUGGUUCCUUUGAACUCAUUGUUCAAACUUAAUUUCAAAUCCUCUACUUCGGGACUCAGUAAAGUAGGAUCAGAAAAGAAUGAAAAAGAUAGUAAUAAAAAUAUUAGUGAUAUGAGUAUUAUAGCCACAGCUAAUUCUGUGUCCAGUCAGAAUACUCUUGAGGAUGAAGACAAUCCUUGCACUCCUACUGAUAUUACGUUUGUAAAUUGUGGUCCUACUUAUAAGUGUUAUACAUAUGACUCGUUAAUAGAUUAUUCUUCACACAAAAAUAAAAUGAUGAAUUCGAAUUAUGUGCAAUAUAUGAAUAAGAAUACACAAUCAACAAUAACGAAAAAACAAAGUAAGCAAAAAAGAUUGAAAAAAGAAACUGUUAAUUAUAUUACUUCUGUUUCAUCUUCACCUAAUAGAUCAUCUAACUUCAUCAGUGCUAAAGAUUCUUCUAAUCAAAAUUUGGAGAAAGAUUUUAGUUAUAUGCAAAAAGAUCUUGACCACAAAUGUAGUAAUAGUGGAAAAUUAUCCUCUAUUACAAUCACUACACAGAAUAGUACCGAUAAUUUAAUUAAGAAUGCAAUUAGUAAGAAUGCUAAUUUGUUGCCUAAUUUAUCUCAUGAAGGGAUAAUGAAUCAGGAAUACGAAAAACAAAAACACUUAUCAACUAUAAAAAAUGAUUCAAAUUUACUAACAUUCCAAGGUACAGACUCUGUCAAAAUGAAUGCACUUAUUACUCAAAUUCCGUCUCAUCUUUCGAAUAAUAAAAUUGUAUUUGUUGGUCAAGAUAUGGAUAGGGUUAACAAAACAGUCAAUCAUGUAACGCUUGACGCAAAAUUUCAUGAAAAAGAUAUUAAAUCUGUAUCUACAAAAUUAAUACCUUUACAUAUACGUAAUAGUGCAAUAUUGGAGGACAAUAAGAGUUCUGGUAAUUUACAAAAAAUAGCAGAUGAGUCUAAUAAAACAAAAUCUCCUCAUCAGAUUUCUCUUGAAGGUACAAUUGUAUAUCGAAAUGGCAGAAGAUAUAUUCUUACACAUACAUCAAAUGAUGUAUAUCAAUUAAGCACGUCUACAUCGCCUGAUUCAUCAAAUAAUCUGCAAGUCGUACAACAUAAUACAAAUAAUCAAAAUGGGGCAACGAAGUUAUCUUUGUUUGAAAAUACAUAUCUUAACUUACCCGAAACAAAUGUUUCUUUGCCUACGCCAUCACCAUCUUCGUCAGAAUUAUCAAAUAGUUCAAGUUGUGAAAUUCAGAAAAAACAAAAUUCUGCUGUUUGCGUGCAAAAAGAAUCAGAGAUAUCAAGACAUUACCUGAAACCGAAAUUUAAACAGUCUAUAUUGGAUUUAAUGAAUAACGAUGGAUUUUGUGAAGCUUUGUCAUUUCGUAGAGCCGAAAAUGCAGAAAUAUAUUUGAAUAUAAAAAAAUCGAAGAGUAGUGCCAAGCAGCUCAACGUAGUUACAACUGUAACAAUACCAAAUUGCAGACAAGAUAUGUUGAACGAAUUUCGACAAUUGAAUUAUCCCGAAUUAAUGGAACGUAUUCGACAUUUGCAAAAUGUCCGUAAAGAAAUUCUGAGUGUUAUGAAUUUCGCGGAGGACAAAGCUAUAGAAGAUACAUUAAAAUCAAUUCGAAAUUUACAAACAGCAUUAGAGGAUGCUCUCGAGUCUUGUAAGAACGAAUCAGAAGAUAUGAAGGAUUUAUGGAAUGAUGAAGAAAUAUUAUCGAAUGAUUGGGAAUCAAAAUGUCAAUAUGUUAAUAAUUUCAGAUGCUCCACGUGCAGUAAAGUCAUGAAACCCAAAACUUAUAUUCCGGGAUUUUCUAAACCAGCUGAAAAUGAUAUUGUAUAUUGUUCAUGUUACAAACAUUUUUGUCAAGAAUGUCGUAGUUAUCAGGGUAACGUUACUCGAUUUUUAACACAUCAGAAUUUUCACGAAGAAGAAAAACCAUACGCAUGCCCUGAUUGUUUCCGCAGAUUUCCUUCUUUUAGAUCACUCGAAGGACAUACAUGGUCUUUUUGUUUCCAUAUGUUGAAAAAGCGUGUUUUUUGUUGUAAAAUAUGUCAGAUAGUUGGUUUUCAAGAUACGGAAUCCAUAGCAAGGCACUUUGCUGUUAUGCAUAGUAGUAAAAAGAUAGCAUGCGAGACUUGUAAUAUGGUAUUAGAUACGUACAAUGAAUAUAAAAGGCAUCGUGACAAAAUGCAUUCGACUAUGAUUAAAUCUGAACCAAUAAGACUGAUGAUCUGCAAAUUGGGGCAAUGUAUUAAUCGGUGUGAAAAAUACAUGAUGCACUUGGAGAAACAUUAUGGUGUACGAAAAAUAAUAUGGUUGAAAUGUCCUUUUUGUCCGUAUUAUAAUCUCGAAAGCAAACAAUUUUUGAUGCAAUUCAAAAUACAUUUUCAAAUAGUACACCUCUAUCGUUUAUUAGAAAUUAUUAAACCGGAAAUAUUAAAAGAUAUUUUACCAUCUAGUCUUUAUGAAUGUUUAUUUAAAGAAAAUGAGUCAUUAAGUUGUGAAAGAUUCAGAAAACUCCGAAAUUGUAAUGAAAAUGUAUGCUCAGAUACAAUGGUACCUAAAAUAAUAAAUACACAAACUAUUGCAUCAGAAGAUUUUGAACAAGUUUUAGAUAAUAAUGAAGGCUCGGGUUCGAUACAAUCAACAAUAAAAAAUGACAUGGAAGACGAUGUUUGGCCUAUCAUAUCGAAUAAAAUGUCGAAUUUUAAUAUUUCGGAUGCUAAAUUAGAAAAUACGGAUUGUUCAAUAGUUUACUUAAACACUGAUAAAAAAGAUAAUCUACCAAAAAUUUUAGACGUACGAUCAAUGGCUAAUGUUUUGUCAAAAGAUCAAAAAUGUUCGUCAGAUAUUGAUAACAUGGGAAAAAUAAGUGUAGAAAGUAAGGAAAUACAAUCAAAUGAUAAAACACAAAAACCUAAAUCUAUUGUUAAUGAUCAAUCAAAAGAAACAUGUAAUUCUGCAAAAGAAAAUAUAAAAAGUGAUGCAAAAUGUAUUACAAAUCAUAGUAUUAUUUCAGAAAAUAAAGAAGUAAAUGGUGUUGACAAUGUUGUCAUCAAAUUAAAUGAAUCGAGUUUAAAAACAAGCGAAAUUUUAAUACCAAUUGACAGUAAAUUAAAUGUACUUGAGAAAAUUAAUAGCACACUUUCUGCUUUAAUAGAAACGUCUAAUGAAAUAAAAAUAAGCGAUGAUGUGAAUUCAAUGAGCGUAAUAGAAUCAGAACCAAUAACUACUCUUUCAACAAGCAACGAUCCCGAUAAUGAAAUGAAUGAAGAUAUAAACAUCAUACCAAAGCCACCACCUUUAAUUCGAAUUCCUCAAUAUUUUUUAGAGAGUAGGAAUCAGCAAGAAGAUAAAAUAAAAAAAUCUAGUCGUACGAUUUCUCAUACGUCUGGAAAUCGUAAAACUAAUGUCAAACGACCAUGGCGAAUAGCAUUAAAUGGUCCAACUAAUUCAAAGGACGUCUAUCAAGAUUAUGUGUGUCAUUUGUGCGGUGAGCUGAUAAAUACUGCUUGGCCUAUUAUAAGUAUUCAUUUUAAUACAAGGCAUUUGGAGGAAUGUAAAUUAUCUGUUGUAACGCCAAGAUUAUUAAGAAUAACUCCUGAAUUUAUUAAUGGUGGUUACAAGGAAUUGUUUAGUAAUAAAAAGCGUAAAUCCGAAGGAACGAUACCGAUUUCGAAAAAAAAAAGAAGAUGGAGUGCAAAGAAACAUACAGAUUCAAAUAAUUCAUUUGGUUUGGGGUUGUACGUGGAACAAGAAUCCAUAGAAGACGAAGAGGGUAAUUUUAUAUGUCGGAAGUGUAAUCAACGAUGCGCAAAUAUGUCAGACUUAAGAGAGCAUAUAGCAUCCAAUCAUAGGAUCAAAGGUAGAUAUUUGGUGUGUUUAGAAUGCGGCGAAAACUUUGUUGUUGCACCAAGUUUGCAGAUGCAUUUGAAAGCUUUCCAUGGAAUAGAAGAUCCUAUUUCUUACAUGAAUCAAAAUUCGUCAUAUGCGCCGGAUAAUAUUGAUGAUCUUGACAAUGAAACAAAAGCAAUGAUAGCUAAUCAAUGUUCCGUAUGCAUGGCUGUAUUUGAAGAUAAAGCUUCUGUUGAUAAACAUCUCCGAGUACAUGGUAUGGCAUUUCUUAAUCGCAAGAGAAUAGAAGCUCAAAAUGCUUUGAAAAGUCCUGAGAAAAAUGUAAAAAUUAACGAUGAGAAAAAAAGCUUUCAAAAAGAAAAUACAAAAGAACCUAUAAAACGGGAUAAUCCAUCGAAUACUAUCCUUGAAAAAAUAAAUGCUACGAUAGUAGAGGCAGCCCAAUGAUUAAAGGCAAAAGUUCUUGUAAAAUAGUAUGUUCAUAUUUUUUGUAUUUCAAGGGAUUCACAAAUUCAUAAUUGUAGAUAAUUUAUUGUACAUUCAUUAAAACUAUCUAGCAUGUAAAGAUCUGUACAAAUUUUUAAAUUGUCGGCAAAUAAUAACUCGAUAAGAGAGUUUAUUAUAAUUGUACAUUUUUAACUACUAGAAUGUUUUGAAACAUCUAGAGAUCAAUUGUAAAAUAUAAUAUAUUAGAUAUCACUUGUUAUGUUAGUAUAAUUACUUAUAUAUCUUAGUAUUUCUAGAUAUUAAAGAUAUGUCAGUAAACAUAGUCUGAUUAAAU